AUGGAUGUCUGGAUGUAUGUGAUGAUUGUGGUGACAAUUUUCAAUUCAAAUGAGUCCUCAUUUCUAUGGUUUGUUGUGAAGAGAGCUCUCUAUUGGAUGCGAGAGUUAUGUGCGAAACACGUGACGACAAUCACAGCCCAAAUGCCUCUCUUUGGACGCGUGUUGUGGUCUUCGGCGGUGUUUCGGUGCAACACUUCCAACACUUCCGCCAUUUAUGCCAUCAUUCGUCCCAUUCAUUCGUGCACUACAUUCAAGACAUGUCUUCAGAACCACAAAACCAUAAGGAAGUCACUCAUGAGAACAAUGACUCAAAAGUCAGGGAUCGAGGACUCGAAGAGGAAUCUGUUCAGUUGGAAGUCAUUUGUGAUAUCGGGAGGAAUUGUGGCCAUAUUUUUGGUGGCAUUUCUUCAGUUCAAAAGAGAGAAAAUGUUGUCUUUAGAGAAGGAAAGGAGGCGUUCGUUAGGGAAGGCGUCGAUUGGCGGACACUUCGACCUCAUCGACCAAAAUGGCAAACCCUUUACAUCGAAAGACCUGUUGGGCAAAUGGAUUCUCCUGUACUUCGGGUUCACUCACUGUCCAGACAUAUGUCCGGAUGAGAUCGAGAAGAUGGUGAAAGCCAUUGAAUUGGUGAACAAAAUGCCAAAUAUGGGUGAAAUCAAAUCCGUGUUCAUAACAGUGGAUCCCGACAGAGACUCGAGUGAAGCUGUGAAGGGAUACCUCAAAGAGUUUUCCGAAGACAUAAUAGGUUUGACGGGAACCAAGGAUCAAAUCGAUGCGGCCACUCGUGCCUAUCGGGUCUACUACUCUGCCGGACCUCGAGAUCACGAGAACGACUACAUCGUCGACCACACGAUUAUCAUGUAUCUGAUUAACCCGGAGGGAGAGUUCAUCGACUAUUACGGACAGACAAAGACCGCCGAAGAUAUAUCGAGUGGAGUGGCACUCAAUAUGAUUAAGUACGCCAAUCAACACAAGAAAUUCAGUCUCUUUUGAUUGCAUUUAUUAAUAAUUACUUAUUUUAUUGAUUUAUAAAUAAAAGUUAUAUUAAAACUCAUAUAAUGUAUAAAUUGAGUAUUGAAUGACCUCGACAACGGGCC